CAGCUUUUCUUCACUUCGGAUUUCUUUUUAUUCUCCCUCAUUCCCUCUCUUCUCCUUCUCUCUCUCCUCUCUCUCCUCUCUCUCCUCUCUCUCUCUCUCUUUCUCUCUUUCUCUCUUUCUUUCUUUCUUUCAUCUUCUCAUUCAUUCUCCUCUCUCCUUCUUUCAAUUUAUUUCCUCUACUCCUGUGUUUCCCAGAUUGUUUGGGUUCAAAUCAUAGACACCUCUUUAUCUGGUCCUUUAUCCUAACGAACCUACAAUAUGGUGUCCAAGUGGCGACUAAAAGCACACACAAAAGCUCUUUUCUGGUCUUAUGGCAAGGACUGGGUCCUUGUCAUUAUUGUCCUUGCUACAUUCGCUUAUAUCGAUACCUUCGAGCCAUUCCAUCGACAGUUCUCUGUUAGGGACACGACUAUACAGCAUCCUUUUGCUAAAAAGGAAACCGUCCCUGUCUGGAUGGCCUUUGUCCUUGCUUUCAUCUUGCCUGGUAUCAUCAUUGGCUGCAUUGCCAUCUUCCAAAGAAAGUCGUACACUGAUUUGCAUAAUGGUCUACUUGGUCUUUUUCUCGCACAAGCAUUAGUCCUCGUUGUCACUGACAGUAUCAAGAUCGCAGUAGGACGACCUCGACCUGACUUUCUAGAUCGAUGCCUUAGCCUCUAUGACAAUGACUAUCAGGGAACGCCAUUGGCUCAACUUUCCGAUCCCGUCAAUAUGCUUUCAAAUUCAACAAUUUGUACAAGAACCGAGCUUUUGCGGGAUGGCUUCAAGUCAUUUCCAUCCGGACACUCAUCUUUCUCAUUCGGCGGUCUUGGAUAUCUCUCCAUGUACCUUGCAGGAAAGCUUCAUUUGUUUGACGAGCGUGGUCACACCUACAAGUCUCUUGUGGUACUGGCACCUAUGAUCUUAGCUGCAUUGAUCGCCACCUCGCGUGUAUGUGAUUACAGACACCAUUGGCAUGACGUUACAAUUGGAGCGAUUAUCGGAUCAGUAUUUGCGAUCUUCGCGUACCGCCAAUAUUAUCCUUCGUUGGCUGUUGACAAAUGUGGUCGACCUUUUGCACCACGUGUUAUCGAGGAAUUGCUGCCCACAACAAUGUUGUCACAUCAUCAGCAUCAACGUCUGGAGGAUGAAGAUUGCAACCCUGAAACGGAAGACCAUCGGGAGUCGUUCUUGCAUAACGUUGGGGGGGCAGGAUCAUACAGCCGGGAUCAAGUGCAACUAGACAAUCAGUCGGGAACAAGUCUCCAUGACUUAACUGGAGGCAACAACAGCAACGCCAGUGCCAAUGGCAGUAUAAAAUAUGAAUCACCCGCAGCAUAUGAGCAAGGACGCCGUGGACCUACCAGUCAAAGAACAUGACAACUGUUUAUCUGCUCUCAAAUACCUUUCUUGUAUCAACGCUCCUUAUAAUUGCAUAAAGAUCUAUAUAAAAUAAAAAUAGCAAUAUCCCAAUGUUCGAUUUCGAUGCUGUAGCAUGGAUCGAAGGCAGGGAUAUAAAGAAGUAUGGG